UUUCUAAACGAUUUUACCAACAUUACGCGGACGAAAUUCAACGAACUUAAAUAUAUCUUUGUGUAGUUAUUUCGUUUCAUUUAAAAAAAAGUUUUCAAUUUUCACACAAUAAAAAAAAAAAAUUCAAUAUGAAAUUUUUUAUUUCUAUUAUUUUAUUGAUUAUAUCUGUGUUAAGCAGUAAUUGCCAAUCAACAAAUAAUAAUAAUCAUUUGAGACAUGCCAGCUAUUACAUGAGUAGAAUGGACGCCGAAGAGCACUGUAUUUAUCCAUUAAUUAAAACGAAAAAAAGCUUUAUUUUUAGAACUAUAAAGAGAAUUAUAGUUUAUGCUUGUAAAGGGAAACUGAAAUAUUAUAAAAAAAAAGAUAAAGCAAAGAGAGAAUGUGUUUCUAAAUUUUAUGAUAAUAGUUAUUACUAUUGCACACAUGAGUUAAAUGCAUUUUACUAUUAGAUCUUUCUCUCUCAGAAGAAACUCUAAAUAACUGUAAUUAAUAAAAUAUUACUGUUAAUUGUAUACAAUGAUAUUUUUGAAUAAAUUAUCGAAAUAAAAUUGGA